UGCGGCGGUCCUUCCUUUUCUAGCCAACUUGGCUGAAGUCUACCCAGGACUUCACCGACGGACUUUAUUAAAGUUUCUGCCGCGGUGCCCCCCCAGGUCCUGACAUGGCCCCCAGCACGCAGCUGAAGGAGGCGAUAGCCGAUGUGCAGGACGGCAUUCGUGCCAUCCUUCUUGGACCUCCUGGAGCUGGGAAGGGGACUCAGGCCCCUCGGCUAGCAGAGAAAUACUGCGUUUGCCACCUGGCUACUGGAGACAUGCUGAGGGCCAUGGUGGCUUCAGGCUCCGAGCUCGGCAAGAGGCUUAAGGAGACGAUGGAUUCUGGCAAACUGGUCAGUGAUGAGAUGGUCGUGGAGCUCAUAGAGAAGAACCUUGAGUCGCCGGCCUGCAGGAACGGAUUCCUAUUGGAUGGAUUCCCCCGAACGGUCAAACAAGCAGAGAUGCUGGACGACUUGUUGGACAAGAGAGACGAGAAGCUGGACUCUGUGAUCGAGUUCUCCGUCGAUGAUUCUCUGCUGGUUCGCAGGAUCUGUGGCAGACUAAUUCAUCAGCCGAGCGGCCGCUCCUACCACGAGGAGUUCAACCCCCCCAAAGAGUCCAUGAAGGAUGACGUGACGGGUGAGCCCCUGAUCCGCCGCAGCGAUGACAACGAGAACACCCUGCGCUCGCGCCUGGAAGCCUACCACCGGCAGACGUCCCCUCUGGUGCAGUACUACAGUGCCAGGGGUCUGCACACGGCCGUCGACGCUGCCCAGAACCCAAACGUAGUCUUCGCCUCCAUCGUAGCCGCGUUCUCCGCCGCCACGGAAAUGCCCGCUCGUGCCACAGCCUCUGGUUGAGUUCAGAGCUGCGUCAUGCCCACCGAGGCGAAGGACUGGAGCUGGCAAACAGCUCAGGUGGGCAGAAAAACGGAGGGGAGGGGCAGGCAAUAAGAGGGGACUCCUUAGACUGAAUAAGUUAAGGUUGUUUUGGGGUUGUUGCACAUUUCUAUUUCAAGUAGAUCAUGACAGGAAUAAACGAAGCCAUCUUGUUGUCACAAUCCUCAUGUUUUCCCUUCUAAUAAAUUUCCUGCUUUUCUACAAUCAUCAAA